AUGCCCUCUAUGAAAGCCAUCAUCCUGCAUACCCCUGGGCCCCCAGACACUCUCAAACUCACUCACCACCCAAUCCCAAUCCCGAAACCAGGUGAACUCCGCAUCAGAAUCAAAGCAUUCGGCCUCAACCGCUGCGACCUUCUCACCCGACAAGGCCACCACCCCAUCACCUAUCCCCGAAUCCCUGGCAUCGAAGCCGUCGGCAUCGUCGAUACGGCCCCGGGCCUAGAACAUAUCUUCCCGCCGGGUAGCAUCGUAGCGACCGCCAUGGGCGGGAUGGGGGCUGUUUUCGAUGGGGGCUACGCCGAGUACACGUGCGUUCCGGCGGGGCAAACACAGCUCCUCCGGCCAAAGACGACUCUGCCAUGGGAGAUUCUUGGAGCGAUCCCGGUGAUGGUGCCGACGGCGUGGGGGGCGCUGAUCCGGUCGCUGGGGCUGAGGGCCCGGGAAAGGUUGUUGAUACGUGGGGGCUCGACGUCUGUGGGGCUGGCGGCCGCUGCGAUUGCGAAGGUGCACGGGGCGUAUGUGGCCACUACGACGAGGAUGAAGGAGCGGGAGACGAUGUUGCUUGAAAAUGGGGUGGAUCGGGUCUGGAUUGAUGAUGGGGCGGUUGCGGAGCAGAUUCGGGCGGCUGGCUCGGGGGCUUACUAUGAUAAGGUACUUGAGCUGGUGGGCGCGGCUACUUUAGCUGACUCGCUGCGGUGUGUCAAGAAAGGUGGUAUUGUAUCUUUGGUUGGCAGGGUGUGUGAGAAUGGGGAUCUGGAGACGGUGGAUCUGAUGGAGUUGAUCCCCUCCGGGAUCAAGUUGACGGUGUACCGGGGGACGUCUGAGGAUUUCAUGAGCACGCCGCUAGAUGCGAUACUGAGGCUGGUUGAGCAGGGAAGUUUGAAAUUCAAGAUUGGACGAGUGCUGCGGAUGGAACAGAUUGUGGAGGCCCAUCGGUGUAUGGAAGAAAAUGAAGCGGAAGGGAAGAUUGUUAUUCUUCCUUGA